AUGACAGGAUCGCCAUCAGCAGCUAGCAACAUCAUCAGCAAACAACCCACAUCAGUUCCUUCAUCAGUUCCGACAAGAAUGACUGCCGCCGCCACAAUCCUUCCAACCGCUGAAGCACCGUCGACAAACGGAGCCUCACCCCCAACUCCAGUUCCGCGACAAGGAACUUACUCCAAACCAUACAAGGGCAAAAAACGGGGUCCUUCUAAUAGUAAUCAAAUGUCCAACAGCAGUAAAAUUCAGGUUUUCCUGUUGAGCGCUGCCAUUUUUCUGGCCCUCUUUUUGCUGAACCGGGGGUACAAUCACAGCAACGCACAACAAGAACGCAACCAACAAAUCCAACAAGAGCAAGAGGAACAAAUGCAAGAUCGUCAGCAAGAGGAACAAAUGCAAGAUCGUCGUAAGCAACUGCUGAUGGAAAAGUUUCACUUUACAACCAUUGACGAGCAGCAACAACAACAACAACAACAACAACAACAAGACGGCUCCAGUAGUUCUUUUUUCAGCAGUGACAAGAGUAGCAAAAAUGCUAACAAUAAUAACGAGGAGGAGUCAGAAGCCAAGAUCAAUGACGCCAAUGACUACGACAAAGUGGAGAGACUGGAUGAUAUUGAGGCAUCCUGUGAUAGCAGCAAUCAGUUGGCUUCUUCCACCACAGAACAAAAGGCAUCGAAUGAGAGUGCGGAGAAUAAUAAAGAUGAUGCUUAUUCUUCGACAGAUCGUUCAAUUUUGGAACGAAUCGAGGACAGUGCUGAUCAUUAUUGUGAGAGCACUGACCAAGAUGUUAAAAACCAGAAUGUGCAAGUGGAAGGGGAAGGUCACGGCAAUAUUGCCAAUCAUCACUGUAUGGAAUCGAAUACCGCCACUACAGCGUCCUUCUUUGGUGGCCUUUGGACCCAGCAGCAGGAGCCAUCGCAUACUACUUCUACUACUACUACUGCUACCAACAACGACAACAAUAACAACAGCUGCAGUAACAACAACGAGUGCAGUAUUUGUCUGGAUACCUAUCAAAGUGGGGAUACCAUUUGCGUAUCCAAGAAACAAGCUUGUCAGCACGUCUUUCAUCAUGAGUGCAUUGAGGAAUGGCUCAAAAAGCGAGAUCACUGUCCACUUUGUAGAGUGAAUUUGAUGAGCAACAGUAGCAGUAGUUAG